AUGCUCAUACACGAAUCACCGCCAAUAAGCGUUACAAUUGUCAUUCGAUUACCCGUUCUGUCAACGUGCAUAGAGAUACCAUAUUCAAUUCCGCAGGGUGCUGACUCAGCAGAGGGUAGCCACGUUAUGCGGAAAAUGGCGGGAAAUAUGCAACAGCGGAAGGAACACUACUUAUUGGUGAACGGUCUUACGGGUUCUGAAAAUGGCAACGAUCUGUAG